AUGUACACCAAAGCAGAAUCGGUCGAUAGGGAAACCAUGAAAUUUUCCGAUGAACCUCAUCGGACCAGUCGUCAUCGCGAUUAUCCAAUCGUUGAAGAAUCGUUUAUCGAAAAAAAUUAUCGUGAAACGUUUGAAAAUUAUGAAAAAUAUUUAACGAGAAACAAAUGGACGAAUGCUCACAGUGAAAUUAGUUACAGUGUUAAUUUGAAAGAACAAACGAGUCGAAACGAGGACGAUGACAAUUCCGACAGGCGAACAAACGACAAUCGUUUGAAAAAUGAAGGUUCGGAAAAAAAAUUAUACGCGAAUGAAAAUAGUGAUUAUGAUUUUAGGACAAAAGAUUUUAUUGUGCCUGAAUUGGUGACGACGACAACUUUUGAACCUCAAACAACCGAAAUUAUUUACACACCUACAACAACAACAUUUAAUACGGAAAAAGAACACGAACAACCGAGUACAGGUUUUUUUUUCAAUUCAACAAAACAAGAAAAUUUAGUUCCAAAAAAAUCCGAGUCAAUGUCAACAACAAUACCAACGUUUCCUUGGAUAAAUAACGAAAAAGUGCAAAAUGAUAAUGAUAAUAACCCGACAACCGCAAACCCUCAAUCCAACGAUAAUAAUAUAACUGAUAUCAAAUUUGAUACAUCUAAUCAUAGGCAACAAGUCGACGAUGAGGACGAUAAAACGAAAACGAAAUCAAAUCAUUUUAAUAACCAAACCGUUAAACCAAAGAUACAUAAAAAUCAUCGAAGGGAAACAUUAAACGAUCACAGGCAAAGAAGCAUAGAAGACUACGAAGAGGAAAAUUAUUACGAAGACGAAGAAAAACGUUACGACGAAGAGGAAAAACGAUACGACGAAGAGGAAAAGCGAUACGACGCGCAAGAGGAAAAUAGGAAAUUCAAGGAAACGGAAAUGCAAAAUUAUCAACAAACGGGAGAUGUCGAUAAGAAAACGGAAGUUGACGAUCGUAAUAAAUUUAGUUACAUAGUCGAUGAGGACAAUUAUCGAAAGUAUCGAGUCGAAGAAAGGACAAUAAAUGGAUUUAUUGUUGGAGAAUAUGGCGUCGUUAAACGUGACGAUGGAAGUUUAAGAGGUGUUCGAUAUACGGCUGACGGUUCAGCAAAUCCACAAUUGAUACACGAUGCUUUAAUGAAGUUCCUUUCGUUGUGA